GUGCACAUGCGCAAUAUGGCCAUUCACGUGUUUUGAAAGCAGCAUGAGUUACUACUGUCAGAAGUAGUGGUAUAACUGAAGUGUGGUGUGUUUACAAAGAAACGCGUAAAAUGACCCAAGUACUGAAUUUAAAUAAUGAGGUCGUAAAAAUGAGGAGAGAUGUGAAGAAGGCAAGAGUUCUGAUAAUCCGAAAGUUGACUAGACAUAUCAGCAAGUUAAAAUCAAAGAAAGGUUCUGAAGAGCUAAUUUCAAAGAAUUGCAAGAGAGCGGAGAGACUGGUAGAAGAAAUACAUGUCAUGAAGGACCUAAAACCUGAUAUUGUUACCAAAAUGGCACUUCAGAAAGAUAUAAGCUUUGAAAAGGUCUGCAAAAAGACAGACUCUUCAGCAAAAGAAAGAGCAAUUGCAAGAAUUGUAUCGCAUCCAUUGUUAAGCAAAAAAAUUGCAGACUUGAAAGCUGCUGUAAAAACUUUUAAGGAAGCCCGGCAGACACCUCAGAAAGUACAGAAACUUAAAGAGGCAUCAGACCAAGUGAAGGAUACAUUACAGCCCGCACAUAUGGCAACAGGCAGUGUUGACAAAGAAGGCACCGGCACAGAACAAGCUAAGAGGAAACCUGUAAUGGAAAGCAUGUCACCUGGCUCCCAAAACAAGGGAAGAAAACUAAAGGAUAAGCAGAUUUCACCAGUACAGAGUCCUGUAGAAAAGGUAACUGUGCUUGAUCAGAGUACUUUAGCCAAUGAGCAUGAUGUUAAUAGCAAGGUUGCUCAAACUACAGUGCAGAAGCAGAAACAAUUUCAGAAACCACAACAGAAAAUAAGGAACUCAGAUGUUGAAUUCAGUUCUUCAGAAGAAUCCAUUGAUGAUGAUGAUGGUGAAAAGGAGUACUUUGACGACAGCACAGAAGAGCGGUUUUACAACCAGUCGUCUGGGUCUGCCAGUGAUUCAGAUGAUGAUUUCUUUGUCGGAAAAAUGAGGCAGACCAAGAAAAAAACAUCUCAGAAGGAUGCAAGGAAAGAAAAGAAACUGCUGGACACUGUUACAAAAGUUCUAGAAAGCACACCAAAAGAAACCCAGUCUUUGAUACAAACUAAUAAGGAGGAACUGAAAAACAAACAGAAGGAUACAAAAUUAGAAUCUGUAUUUUGUAGUUCUUUGUCUGGAAAACAGAAACAACAUCCAAAAAGUUGGAAAAGAAAUCAUCCAGAUAAACUUCAAGCAAGUAAGAAAGAGCUGAUGAUACUUUUAAUAACAGAAAUAUCAUGCAAAGAAUGAAAACCACUUGGCACCACAGGACCCGGAAGCACGUAAACAAAGGCUUUCAAAAUAAGCAGAUGAAGAAAUCAAACAGCUGCUAGAUCUCCAAUGAGCUCCUUUAAUAUAACAUGCAAUGUCUCAAAAGAAUAUCUUGGAUCUUUAAAUUCUUACUUUGUUCCAGUACCUUGCAUAGCUUGUUUACUAUUUCAAGUUUAAACUCUUUGAAUUUGUAUUUUGUAUUAGCAUCCCAUUAGUGAGGACAAAGACCAGAGAUUACUGGUAAAUGGCAGUAUGAAAUAUUAAGCUGAUAAAAAAUGCACCGCCAAUAAAACAAGAUAUACAGUCUUAUGGUUGUUGAAUAUUUUUCAUUUACACCAUAGCAGGAGGACAAACCUCAGCAUUUUUUUAAGUUUCACCUGUGAAUUAAAUAUUAUCACACUAAAUUUUAAAGCAGGUGUACAUGUUAUUUUGCAAAACAUUAUAUAAUACAUGGAUGUACUUCCUUUGUUUCUUAAUGUUUGAAGUCUUAUCCUUAUACUGAAAGGUAGCAAGCAACAUAGACGCAUGCCACCACUUACAGAAUUUCAUGGAUUAAUCUUGUUUCUUAGUACUCGCUACAUUACUAGGAUGUUCAUCCAAGAGGCAUCUGUCACCUUUCAGCUGUAACCUUUUACGCUAGCACAGUGCAGACUGAAUAUAAAAGAUAUUAGGCCUUAUAAUGCUAUGAUUAUGCACACUACCGCAGAAGACAGAAUAAACAAAUGAACACUCUUUAUUAGACCCCCAUAACCACUACCAUUGUUAUGCUAUCAGUUCCACUAGGAACAAAGAUACCUAGGAAGACCCUUAAGCUGGGAGACUAUUUAAGAUUAGUCUGGAUUCUGUCCAGUUAGGGAACAGGUAAUGGAGAAUUAUGCAGCCAUAAAAAUGAAAAUAAAUCAAAAUGUUUACUAUGAGCUGCUGGUUGCCUUAUGAAACAUGCUUACACAGCCCAUAAAUAUAAAGGCUACUAAUAACAUUUGAUUUAUAAUAUCACUCAUGGGAAGACAAUGAGAUAAACAGUAAUUUUAUUAAGCUAAGCAAACCAAUGUUUAAACUAAACAGAUGAUUGCCCAUUUGUCUGAAUCACUAUAGUGUUUUUCUGAGUAUGAUCCAGUACAACAGCUACAUAUUGACAUGUUCUGCUGUAGCACACACUGCAGCAUAAAAAUUGUAGCUGCACUCCACUACUUGUAAAAUAUUUAAUUAGUUUGAGUUCUUGCUAACAAAAUAAGUUCAACCCAUGAUAUUUUAGUCUGGGUCCAGCUCAAAGAAAUUACUUUUCCGAUGGCCUUCAUGAUGGCCUGACUUUGAUUUAGCCAAAGCUAGCAGUCAAUCUGGCAUUGCUUUAACAAUUCAAUGCAUGGCUUUUACACUGACACCUUUGUAAAAGGUUACGGUGCUUGCCUUUACAUUGGUUCCAGCAGUGCACAUUUACACAUGUGAGUAUCCAAUAAAUGAAUAAAUAUAUUAAAAAAUACAGGCUGGUAUCUGGUUUGUUUUUGUUAAAUAUUACUUUCUGUAUAUUAACUUCUUGUUGUAGAGCUGCAAAAACAUUGACCGUGAUAGUUAUAUUAAUUAUAAUGUGCAAGUUAUGGUGAUAUACCACUACCACAUAUCCCUGAAAAAAAAGAUUUUAAGAAUUUUAAAUGGGAUUAAUGAAAUCAUAAUGAGCUAUAAUUUAUAAAAUUGUGCUUGACUAAACGCAUUUAAUCACACCUUCAGAAUCCCGUUUAGCAAAAACAUCCGCACUAAAUUAGGUUCCCUUGACAAGAGCAAAGCCAUUUGUACUACCAUGUUUUGAGGCUGCACCACCAUGUAACACAUUCCAAGGUCAGUGCAAGGCAUGGAGAAAGAAAGGCACAUAGAUGUUCUGGCAAAACAUGUUAUGUACCUGUUACUGAGAUGUGGCCAUGCUGUUCUCAGUAAACUGUAAUUCUAGUGUUUUUGGUUCUCUUUCCUUUAAAAUACACUUCCAUUAUUCUAACUUUCAGUGUACACAAAAAUAACGUGUAUCAUAUAUUUUUGACAUUAUCCUUUAAUAACUCAUAUCUUCACAGCUGAAAAGGAGCAGAAUGCUCUUUCCCUGUCUAUCUUGUCAUAGGAAAAUACACACGGAUACAAUCAAAACUGAGGGCACCAACAUAAUGCUUUUGAGACCCAUGAUAUUAGCUGGUGGGCUUUCCAUACCUUACGUGUGGAGGAGAGGGUUCUUUUUAGAACAGACAAAGGAAUUCUCCUAAUUAAAAAAAAAGGCAAAUGCAGAAUGGAGGAUGACAAAAAGUAGCCUACACCACAAAGGUGAUCUUACUGACAUAGCUGUAUCGUGCUCAUUGUAAGGAUCACUGCUGCAGUACGAAUCAUUACAUACUGAAAGAACGUUAAAGCAUUACCUGAGCUGCCCACUGGCUUAAGAUUGGUGAAGUGCACACACCCUACCAUACUGCAGUGGCAAACCCACCUGGCUUCUGGAGAUGAUGCGCAGCUUGUAGUGUCUAGGGAAUGUUUGGCUAGAAGCAUGAGAUGAAAUGCUAUUGGAUUUACAUCAAGACAAAAAUGUUGUCCACUCUGACAAAUAAAAUUUCACAGUUGUAGAUUUCUGGCCUCCUGGAGGAUGUUUAGGACAUCUGGAAGAAAAGAUUUCAACUGCAGAAUAGGCUUCUACCUUCCAAGCUGCAGGUUACAUGUUUUAGAUCUGGGUGUACUACAGUCUCUUGUUGUUAUGACAGAAUGCUGUAUGAUAUGGAAAAAACAUUUGAGCAUCUUCUGUUCAACUCCUUCAGCAGAAAAAAAUGUUGUCUUGGCCAGAGCAAACAGCUAGGAUCAAAUGUGCUUUGUCCUGCAUAGCCUUUAUCAAGGGCAGAGAAAAGAGAGUAGACAUUUGAUCUAAGGAAUG